AAAUGAUCGAUUUUUAAUUUUUUUUUUAAUGCUAUUUGUUUAGAGACUUUAGCUGAAGGAGAAAAUGGCGGCUCCAUAGUUACGGUGUACGCCAACUUGUUUGCAGUGAAGAAUUUACUUGUUUUAUUGCAUUUAAUGCAAGCAUGGCCUGCAAAAUCAACCAGACAUGAUAAAUGAUGAAACUUAAGGAAGAUGCCAGGAAGAGCUCUGCAUUUAUUCCGAAGAUCAGUGAAGCAAGUCGAAAAAUUGCAACCCGCCGUUUGAAAAGUUUAGACUCCAAUGUUCCUCAUUUUAUGCGCGACAUAAAAUGCAGAACCGUUGAACCAUUAGGACCAAUUGCUUCAGAUAGAAGUGUAUCCUCUGGAGAGAAAGAGGAGGAAGAAUCAAACCAACAGGAAACAGCAAACGAAAGUUGCUCAACUUCAAAACAACACGAUAAAAACGUAAACAAAUCGCCUGUUUACGAUCUACGAACAGGCAAAAUGACGACGAAAUCAGGCGUGUUUUUAGAUGAUAAUAUUUUUACUUUUCGUCCUAAAGUCAGUACUGCUAGUCAGAAAAUUGUCCAGAAUCUCGGCACAGAUUUCAUGGCCAGACAACAGCAGCAUUUAGAUCGUCAAAAGAGAAAUAUUGAACAAGCCUCCAUCCAUUUCUCCAGUUAUAAUGGCAGACUCUCACCUGUCAGUAAAGUACGAAAAUUCAAGAAAAUAAAAGAGGGAGCUGAGGAAGGGGACCUCAGUAACUCAGUAGAUGACCCAGCAGAUGGGAUCAAAGGUCAGGUGGAAGAUGGAGACAUUGAGAGCAUCGAUGGAAAAGAUGGCAGCCGCAGCAAGAACAUGUCUCCUGGUCUGCAGCGGCUCAUGGACGGACCUUAUGCUCAGAGCAACACUGAUAUGGUUCUGAAACGCCAUAAAACCAGACUGGUCAACCAACAACUCAAAGCGAAAGUCAUCUCGGAGCUGGAUGAUAAUAACAAAGCUAAAUCAAGAAGAAGGGAUCCGGAGGGCGAUGUAUCGGGGUCCCUGUCUAGAAGCAAAACUAUGCCGUCCUUGGGGCGACCUAAGAUCUCUCGAAAACUGUCCAACAUAAACUGUAACUUUAACACUGAUCGUCUGAAGGCAGCAAAAGAACAGGCGGAGAAAGCCAUCAAGAACCGGAAAGUGUUCACGAUACAAGGCGGAUACAACGCUGUAAGACAAAGCCUCCGGAAAAGGGGAUGGGUAGAAAAAUUUUACAAAAUGGCCACCCCUCCAAAGAAAACACCAAGAAAACGUCGUAAAACGGUUGAUGACAGCGAUGAUGAUGAUGAUGACGACGAUGAUGAUGAUUAUGACGAUGAUGAUGACGAUGGCGAUAGUGAUAAUGAUCAGCCGAAAACUCCGCCGUGGGAAGAGGACGAUGGAAUUUACGGAAUAAUGUCACGCAUCGUGAGGAACGUAAACCCUACCUUUAUCUGGGUAUUGAAAAGAGAUAUCGUUGACUACAGAUUUCUGACACGGGACCAGAUGGUCAACCACUACGUAAAGGCAGGGUCCUUCACCACUAAGGUUGGAUUGUGUAUAAACAUGAGGAAUAUCCCCUGGUUCGACAAUUCAGACCCGGAUACCUUUUAUCCCCGAUGUUACCGCCUGAGUCACGAGGAGGAGAAGAAUUCUUUCAUUGAUGACUAUAGGUUGACAAUGUGUGCAAAUAUACUGAAAAUAGUAUCUAGUCAGUACAAGAAUGAAACUAUAUCUGAAGAAGAGGAAAGUAGAGAAAAUGGAGAGGAAAAAAAGGAUCUUGGAUCAGAGAAAACGGAAACAUCUAGUCGAUCUCUAAAACAGAAAGGAAACAAAAAGAAGAAGAAAGUAACGGUACCUAUGACGUGUCUGGAGAGAGCCAUAGAGCAGUGUGACAAGUUCAUACAGGAGAGAUGCCAUGAUGAUCUAGACGUUCUAAACGAUCCACAUGAAUUAACACAGCAACAAUGGGAUGAGACUUUGAAGUGGUACUACCAGCUCGUAAACGAUGGUGGCCAAAUAACCAACGUGUCCGGUAGUCAGUUAGCAGAAGUAGAUAGGCUUUUAUACAACCUUAAACUCCACAUGCCUCAGUAUGAGAUGGAUGGAUAUAAAAAUAUCUGGAUUGUCAAACCUGGAGCCAAAUCAAGAGGGAGAGGAAUUGUGUGUUACGAUAAACUGGAGGACAUGCUGAAAUUAGUUAGUAGUCAAGUUGUACGCAAGGACAACAAAUAUGUAGUGCAAAAAUAUAUGGAACGACCAUUUUUGAUAUACAACUGCAAGUUUGACAUCCGUCAAUGGUUCCUCGUGACUGAUUGGAAUCCUCUGACUAUCUGGUUUUACCAGGACAGCUACCUCAGAUUCUGUUCUCAGGAGUACACGUUGGAGGACUUCGAUGAGUCCAUACACUUGUCUAACAAUGCAAUCCAGAAACACUAUAAGAACGGCCCCAGGCACCCACUAUUGCCGCCACAGAAUAUGUGGACGCACGAGGAGUUCAAAGAUUACAUCAAGGGUCAAGGUCAUGGUAAUCAGUGGGAGGAAUUAAUUUAUCCUGGCAUGAAGAAGGCCAUUAUCUGUGCCUUAUUAUCUACACAAGAUGUCAUCGAAUACAGAAAGUCAUCAUUUGAAUUGUAUGGAGCGGAUUUCAUGUUGACUGAGGACUAUCGUCCAUGGUUAAUUGAAAUCAACUCUAGCCCGAGCAUGGAGAGCAGCACGGAAAUAACUCGUCGUAUGUGUACAAACGUGUUGGAGGACUCCAUCAAAGUGGUGGUGGACAGGAAAUACGACAGAAAUUGUGACAUUGGGAGGUUUGAACUGGCGUACAAACAACCGUUAGUAACAGUGCCCCCCUACAUAGGCAUCAACCUCUGUGUAGAGGGACAGACAGUCAGGAGACCCAACGGAUUCAAUUUACGAAAGAGCAUGGAUAACGAUGCAUAUUUUACUCCACGCAAACCCCCGGCGUUCGCCACAGAAAGCAAAGAAAUUAGCAUCAAGCCAACACCCCCCACAGCAAAGCGACCUCAAAGCGAAAGUUGUGAUGCAGGUCACAAGAACACGAACGCAUCCAAUAGCGCUCCUGCGAAGGGUAAGUCCGCGCCCGGCGAAAGUCAGGAUCAUCAGCACAAAAAUAACACACAAAAACGGACUAGUCACAAAUCACAAAAUGAUCAAAACCAAGUAACACCGUCUACUAGUCACUCUAGUUGUAACUCAGAAAGCAGUGACAGGACCAUUAAGGGCAUGAGGGAAACUAACAAAGACAACAAAGAUAGAGAUAACUGCAGUCAGGUCUCCUUGUCUCAGCCACAGACUUUCCCAAAGGCAGAAAAAUCAGGUUAUCUGCCCAUCUCUAGCUGCAGUGCUUGGACUGGUAAGAAAAUGGUCUCCACUACAUCUGUGUCCAGCAACUAUACGAUUCCCAACUUGGACAAAUUCGACCGACCCACCUUGGCUGUGAAUAACGUGGAGUCGACGGACCUCCAGACCAUUAAACCAGUGAAUACAGCACCACCUCCAAUGUCGUUGGCCGGUGCUAUCACUAAAGGUAAUGGGGAUGUGCAGAGCCUUUACAACCUGACAGCCCUUCCUGUUACAAAGCCUCCCCGCACUUCAAAAAAGCGAACCCAUGUCCAUAGGCCAUUGGGGCAUCAGAUUCGAAAGCAAAAGGAUUAUAGUAAACGACCUGAAGUUAUGAUAAAGUUCCCUCGCGUUCCCUACGCUAGCAUAAACGUGAGCUUUAAGGGACUGCAGGACCAGGCACCCAAACUAAAGUAUUUCAGUAUUAAUAGAGAAAAUGAAGAAAGCUUCCGUCCUGCUCUGACGCCAGUAUUAUAUAACUAAGAUAUUGAUGGUAACACUUUAACAAUGCAUGUUUGUCUGCAUGCUCUGAAAAAUCAAGAUAGGCUAGGAUUAUGCUAGACAAAAACUGUAAAGGAAAUGAAAAAAAAAAAUAACCCAUUUACGAAGCAGAUUUUAAAACUUAACGAUGACAAAGUGAAAUGAAUUUGAUAUUACUUUGUUUUCUAGUGUUAACAUUUUAAGUCUUGUUAACUUUUUACUCUACUUCAUUUUGAUAUAACCUUGACUAAGGGAGAAAAGUUUUGCAUGCAUGCACUGACUGUUUGUACUUCAUUAGUCUCUUGAGUGUUUACUCCACCCUACACACGAAAAAUGGAAUUGGUCAACAGGAAAAUUCACGUUGGAAAUGUGUUGUUACAGUUUGCUAGAAUGUCAAUCAUAUAUAUAUAUACAAACGUAUAAGCUUCACUUUGUCAUUAACAUGCAUGGCGUCAUGAUAUCCCAUGUUGUACACGCCGAUUUUUAAAAGAAACAUCCUUAAGCAUUAAUAUGGUAACAUUCAUAGAUUUAACACCACAUUAACACUCUCGUACUAACAGCAAUGAUCAAAUAAAUCACUUUUGUUUAUUAACAUAUUUAUUUUAUGUAAUUUAUCGAUAUGACACGAGGUGAUUUCAUGAUAUUAGGAAUUUAGUUUCGGUCAUUGAUGACCUUUCGUUCUGAAAAAAAGAAGAAGAGAUGAUGGCAAGGGAAUACUGGUAUUGAGAUGCGCUAAUUUUCAAUAUCUCGUGUCAUUACUAAUCGGAGAAGUGUACAACAUGGGUCACCCCCACUCAUCUGUGAAAUUGAAAGAACUAAUACACUUCCCAAACCUGGCCCCCAACAUUUGUGACUAUACGCGUUGCAUAACAAUACAUGGAAGUUAUAUUACUUGAUGAAAUAUACAAAUAUCUCAGUAUCGUUUUGUGAAACUUUAAAACAAUAUUCAAUAUUUUUAAAACACGUGUACAUAUAUUUUGCAGAGCUAAAUGUAACAGUUAGGUACAUUUUGAUUUAAAGAAUGAAUCUUUUUGAAGGAAAACGACGACGUAGAAAAACUGUGAAUGGUUUGGGGAGUCCUCCACAUCAAUCCAUCACGUCCAGAAGACUUUUCUCUCUUCCACAGUACGCUAGGAGCCCGGUCAAACUGAAUAUGACUAAAGCAUCACCAUAUGUUAUGGUUCAAAAGCUUCCCGUCAUCAAGGUUAACGUCAUAAACCAAAUUCAGGGUUUAGACUAGGGCUUUAACUCCAUUACCCGGUCACAGUAUGUUACUGCAUUGGCUUAAGUCUCACCUGGGUGGCGGCGUCUUUUUCUCUGUGUUUUAUCAUAUUUUAUUUUGAAUUCACAGCUUUUAUGAUACCGUCUUUUAGACCAUUGACGUCUACGUUUCAGGGGUGUGAUUUUUCCUCUUUUCAGAGGAAAUCUUCUGAUUGGCUCAAUUUUCGAAAAAAUAAAAAUAAAAUAAUGAAACACUCUAGGCUUGAUCUAAAGUGAAAUUAAUAUUUCCCAGGUAGGGUGGGGUGUUUUCCUCCCUUUUUGACCAGUUUUCCUCUGAUUUCUGAGGAAUUCAAUCACAGCCCUGAUGUUUUAAUCGUUUACUAUCAGGUGUUUAAUAAAUUGGAUCUUGUAGAGAUUUCACUGUCAAUGUUUGGCUUUCAUUGCUCCAAAUUAAGAGGAUUUUUAAAUUUAUCUUUACUUUGUAUUUAUAGCCGUUUAAAUUAUUCCGAAUUUUGUAAUAUGGAGUAAUAAUUUCAUCUUUAUCAAGAAUAUUUUCAUGGAAAUAUAAAAAAUUGUUAUCUAUUUCGACCAUAUAUGGUAGCUAUUUUGGCUUUCAGAUCAAUAUGUUUGUUGUUUUCCUGCAUCUUCAUUUGUCGCCUUUCACCGGUGUGUGUAUAACGUCAUCACUUCACAAAAAUAUUCUUCAAAGACAAUUUUACUUUUAUUUCAGCUUCAGAUUUGUUAAUUGUUAAAAUAUUUUCAGAUUAUAUAUCCUGCUGUUUUUUUUCCCUUUAAUUUCUGCAUAAUUACUCUGUAAUACUGUAGAAAAUGGUGUAUCACUUCCUAAUUUGAUAUCUAAAGGAAGGGCAAUAAUUUCAACAAGUUUAGUAACACACCUUUUUCCCGGAGUGCUCUUUCUUGCUCACUGCUUGUUGAAAAUACCCUUUACUGUGCAUGCAUGCAUUUCUUACUCUUCCCUCGUUAUAUAUCUCUUAUAAUCGGGAUUAAAUUUACAAUUGCAUGUGUUAAAAUUCUGGUGCCUAUCCUCAACUGUAUAAACUUUAGCCUGCCAGACUAGCUGCAAUGCUGUGUUAAAUAGCUUAUUUUCUACUAAAUAUUGUGUAAUUAUAUUCUUUUGAUCUUUAGAUGUUGCAAUUUUAUCAAAUAUCGUAUUUUUCUUCAAAAUACAUUUAACUUAUUUUGUGGUAAAUAUGAUUAUACAUGGUUGCCUAAUAUUUUCACUAGUGAAAGCUGUGUUUCUUCAGUCUCCUACGAUUCUCGUUUGGUUUUUGUUAAUACAACCAGUAUUACGCUGAAGUAAAGACAGUUUAGCUAAUUUACGAUAUAACAAUUUGAUUUGAUGAUAAUUCAUUGAAGUUCUGAAACACUCACAAAACUAAUGAAAACUGAUGUUUUAAUAUAAUGUGACAGACGCUGCUUAUGUGAUCUAAAAAAAAUGCAAUAACUUUGACUUUAACAGAAAUUCAAUGAAACUUUGCCGAUAUUAAUCACGCUACAGUUUUGAUAUUCUAUAAAACUAUUGGAAGUUUGAUACAGUGUGUUGAAGUUUGGGAUGCGUAUGAAAACAUGAGCACAUCUGUCUAAUUUUGCUACAACUAACCCUUUUUGAAUCUGGCGUGUUAUAAUGUUUUAACAGGUUUGAGUCCGCUAAUCGAUGGUGCUUGGGGGCGUACCUGUGCCGAGUGUGGCAAUGGAAUGAAUUUACACCUUGAUAACAGCAAUCCUCAAUGCAUAUGUAAACAAGAUAGCCUUUGUGUUCCUCCAGGAUACUCCAGUAGCGAAUCAUACCGCGCGGCGCGGGGAUUCCCCAGCAGACCCAAAAGUAGUUACUCGCCUCGCCCUCCGAGUGCUUCUGCCUGCUCGUUAAACUCCACUGGAAGUUUCAGUUCGACUACCACCAGUUUCGGCGUCAUGCCGAGCAGGCUGAGAGCUGAUAAGAAGCUUCUCCGCUACACUGAUGGGGGGAUUAAGCGGCCUGUGACGCCAGUGAAUUAUCCUGCUUCUAAUGCGCUGCCCCGGCUUGUGCGGCGGUACAUAGGGCGGCGCUCCAUUCAAUGCCACGAGCUGCCGCUUGUGAAUGCGUCGUCUGCUGUGUUUAUUGACACGUCACAACUUAAUAACCCACUGUCUAUCACGCCACACGGAUUCCCUAACAGAUGAAGACAGGACUCGCUAUCAAUUAAUUUGAAAUACCAAAAAUGUUGUAAGAAAGAUUUGUUUUUAAAAAUAUUUGAAUUGAAGCAUUUUCUUGCUUGAAGAUGAAAUAUAAUCGCUGGUACGACUCCUUGCACGUGUAUUUUGUUUGAUCACUUUUAUACUCUUGUGAUCUGAUUAAUAUUCAAUGUUAUUGUAAUGUUAGUUACACUGCAUUAAUUAACCUAACAUGAUUAUUUACAAUAACAAAGCACUUUCUUUGUUACUAACAUAUCAGGAGAAGACAAGAUAGGAAUUGGCGUUUGCUGUUGUCAUAGAAACCUUUCUUGAUCGCCCUUUAAAAGCAGCUAGCCCUGGAUACUAUAAUUUCGAGUGCCAAAAUUAGAAAAUUUAAACAAUGAUUUUGUUAAGUCUGGUGUAGUUUUCAGGAUGAUAACGGGGGAAAAGCAGAGCUUUCUCUUUAUAAAGACCCCUUUUGCAUUUGAAAUUGAAUGAAGAAUGUUUUUGAGUGUUGCUGGAUAUUCAUAUCCAUAACAAAAUCAUAUAUACACCACGCUUUCGCUUGAUUUUGAAGAUGUGACCAACUUUAUAAUGUGUUUGUUGUUAAAUUUCUGUGAUAUGAAUAGGACAUUGUCAUCAAGCCAUAUAUUUUCAAGUGAUUUUGUAAUGCAUUUUUGUAUUAUUUUUCUAUUGAAGAAUUUUAGAAUAAUAUGUAUCUAUAUAUGAUUGUUGCUUGUUAUAAAUUUUAUUUGUUAUGAUCUUAUUUAAUUGCUUGUUUUUAAUGUAGUCGUUGUUGUAUACACAGAAAUAUGCAUUUAGCUCCUAGAACUGCACAGCUGGUUGUUUAAGAGUGUUGAGAGGUUUUGAACUCUGGUAUACAUGUGUGAAAGGAUGUAAUUCGGACAGUAUAAUAUUCAGCUUUUGUUUGCAUGUAAUGCAGUCCUCGAACAGCUUGAAUACCAUAUCAUGUUCAUAGUUUAUAAAGGGCAAAAACUAAUAUGAAAUAUUUUGUAAAAGAGAAUGUUGAAGUUUUGCUCAUGCUGUACUGUGAUAACGUGAAAUUCAUGCAUCGGAUACAGUAUUUUAGUGACAUUUAUAUCUUUUUUCAGUCCACUAUUUUUUGAGAAAUUCAAUAAAAUGCUGGUAAAUCUU